AUGAUGUCAAGCCGUCCGCGUGUGCACAGAAGCACUGCGCGAGGACUGGAUAAGUUCGUUGGCGCGGAUUUUGAUCCGACAGCACUUUCGCUAUUGCAAGACGUUCUUCUCUACGAUCCAACGAAGCGCAAAACGGCCUCUCAAGUACUCAAACACGCCUACUUUGAACCGUUGAGGCAGCAUGCCACCACACUGGAAAAGAAGCAACGGUAA